AUGCCAAACGUCUCUACGGUGAGGGAAUUCCUGCUCCUGGAAUUAUCGGAUAUCCGGGAGCUGCAGCUGGUCUACUCUGCGCUGUUCCUCCUGGUCUACCUGGGGGCUCUGACGGGGAAUCUCCUCAUCGUCGCCGUCACCGCCCUCGACCGGCGCCUCCAUACCCCCAUGUACUUCUUCCUCAGGAACCUGUCCAUCGUCGACCUCUGCUACAUCUCCGUCACCGUCCCCAAGUCUGCCGUCAUCUCCCUGACCGAUCGUAGAGCCAUCUCCCUCCUGGGUUGUGCCGCCCAGGUCUUCCUGGUUGUCGUUUUGGCCACUUCAGAGUUGGCCGUCCUCACGGCGAUGUCCUACGACCGCUACGCCGCCAUCUGCCACCCCCUGGACUACGAGCUCAUCAUGAACAACACGGCCUGUGGAAAGAUGGCGGCCGCCUCCUGGCUCAUAGGGGUGAUGGUUGGGGUCUUGUAUUCAGCUUCUACUUUCUCCCUGAGCUUCUGUGGGUCCAACAUCAUCCAGCAAUUCUUCUGUGACAUUCCCUCCCUGCUGAAGAUCUCUUGCUCCGAGGACCACGUCAUCAUCGAUGUGAGCAUCACCGGUGGGGUAGUUUUAGUUGUCAUCUGCUUCGUCUGCAUCGUCGUCUCCUACGUGAGCAUCUUCCUGGCCGUGCUGAGGAAACCGGCCGCCGAGAGCCGGACCAAAGCCUUCUCCACCUGCCUGCCUCACCUCACCGUCGUCAUCGUCUUCCUCUUGACCGGAGCUGUCGCCUACCUCAAGCCCGUGUCAGAGUCCACCUCGACCCUGGACCUGCUGGUGUCCAUGUCCUACACCAUGAUGCCGCCCACCCUGAACCCCGUCAUCUACAGCCUGAGAAACAGGGACAUGAAGGCUGCCCUGGGGCGAGUCCUAAAGGGGAGAUUCCUCCUCCCUCCUCUAAGGGACAAAAUGUUUGUUCAUCCCCACCCUGGCUACCAGGGUAACCACCAGCCAGGCUCGGAUACUACAACCGAGCAUCGGCACGAUGCUGCAGUCACUUCCGUUGUCAGUGGUUCCCGUAUGUCAAAAACGUUUUCAGCGAAUUUCUUCUUUGACGUCCCCUCCCUGCUGAAGAUCACCUGCUUUGAAGACCACUCCACUAUCAACGUGAGCGUGACCUUUGCACUAAUAAUGGCUGCCGUAAGCUCCAUUUCCAUCGUUGCCUCGUACGUGCGCAUCUUUUGGGACAUUCUGAGGAUGCUGGCCGCCUAG